AGUAAUUAGCAGCGAUCUAAAUUUUGAACGGAUUAUUUUGACUGAUGACGUGACUGACAUUAUCUAUGACAUAAGUAAAGUGGUGAUAUUUAAGGAAUAUUAUUUCAAUAUAAUAAAUAAUAAUUAAGUAAAAUGGCAGUUGUUUUAUCAUUGUGGAAUUUACUCGAAGCCUCAUUAUUAUUUUUGAAUGCUGUUUGUAUUUUAAAUGAAGAUCGCUUUUUAAGUAAAAUUGGAUGGAGCUUCAGUGGUAAUAAUAUUCAAGGCUUCGGAGAAAAUCCUUCAACAAAAUCACAAAUAUAUACCCUCUUCCAUUCUAUUAGAACUGUAGCUAGGAUUCCAUUAAUAUUCCUCAACAUUCUGAUGAUAUGCUUGAAGCUAAUACUCGGAUGACAUUAUGUGAUAAUAACUUAGAUGUUAAGAUGAUAUUUUCUAUUUAUGUACAUUUUGUAAUAUAAGAUUUUUCAAACAAA